AUGAACUAUCAAAGAUGGAAUUUGAACAACAGCAAAAUCCGCGACAAAGGGGUCGCACGACGAAGUGACGCAUAUCAAAUUCUCCAGUCAUAUUUCUUACCCGAUUUCCGUUUCUUGGCCAACGCCUGCUCCUCCUUGAUGCCGGCGGUGGUCUUGAUCAGCCCGGCCGCCGAAAAGAGAGCAACAGCCGGGCUGAAGCUCUCCUACAGCAACGCCUGCGAGAAGAUCAUCCCGGCCACGCAGUUGUUGCUCGCCGAGGUGCACGCAUUGCUUUACGCGAGG